AUGCCAGACGCAGCGCAAAUCAAUUGUUCCCUAGGAACCAUCAAAACAGAACUAGAAUACCUCGCAUCUUCUGGUGUCUUAUCGCCGCCGCAGUUGCAAUCCAUCCAGGCGCAGUUACCUCAAUCCAACGGUCAACCCUCCCAAUACAUCGACCCCAAAUACGUCUCUGGAGGCAACCAAUUCAAUCCCGCCUUGGUCGCGCAACAAGCACAGGAUCCGGGGCAUCCGGCGAAUCCCAAUCAUCCAAAGCACCACGAAUGGGCGAGCAAACUAGCGCAUAAAUUCGGUAACGCAGCCGUCUACGGGGCUGGAGCGACGUUUGGGGCUGAUUUAGUCAAUGAUGCUAUGAGGAAGUUCUGA